AUUCACAGCAAGGAGACACAAAUCACCCAAAAAAUUUUCCACCGCUCAAUCUUUUGAAAGUGAAAACAUAAAAUUACAUUUGCUGUGCAUUUGUACUGUUUUACACGAAAAAAAUUCUAAAAAAAAUCGAUUACAUUCUUGUUUACAUUUAUCGGCGGAUAGUUCAUGACUGAACAUUGUUUAUAUUGUGUCGUGUGUGCGUGUGUUUGAUUGUGGUUUAUAUUUUGGUAAUUUUUUUAUAGAACAGAAAAUCAGAAACAUUUGUAAUGCGUAAGACGCGAUCUCAAACCCAUGCAGAAAAUGCUAUACUUUCGGGGACGCGAGGAAAUUCUCGCUCCGGUGUCGUGUCCUCUUCCACUUCAUCGAAUUCAUCGGCGACUCAGCAACAACAGCCGCAACAGCAUUCGCCUCAAUAUCAAAUGAAUUCCAACAAUUCACAACAGAAACGUACCAACACACAACAGUCGGCGGCUUCUGGGCCAGGCAGCGUCUAUAUUGAUCCUGCCCGGAUUAAGGAAUGUGAGGAGAAACUAAGCCUUCUUCGAGUGGUAGAACUGCAAAAAAUUCUUUCAUAUUUGAAUAUUUCUUUUACUGGACGAAAAGUCGAUUACCAGAGGCGCAUCUUAUCCUUGUUACGUACAAAUUUUGAUUGGAUUGCUCCCAAAAUACGUGAAGUCUACACACAAUCCAUAGUUGAACAACAAUCCAAUCAAUUUGGACCAACAGAUCCGAAGAGAAUGUUUUCACAAAUGCACAUGCAAGCCAAUGCUGCCGGCAUGGUGGGUGCUCCACCCAUACUAAAUCCAGCCAAUGCAGCAGCUUUGCAAACCGGGGUACCACAAGGCAAUAAUGUGGUUCCUUUUAUGCACGCCAUACCCUCACAGAUGCCCAUACAUCCAGAUGUGCGCCUCAAGAAACUGGCCUUCUAUGAUGUUUUGGGUACCUUAAUAAAACCAUCGUCCUUGGUGCCGCGUAAUGCUCAACGUAUACAGGAGGUUCCAUUCUACUUCACAUUGACACCACAACAAGCCACAGAAAUUGCAUCAAAUCGUGACAUACGCAACAGUUCUAAAAUUGAACAUGCCAUUCAAGUGCAAUUGCGUUUUUGUUUACUGGAGACAUCGUGUGACCAAGAGGACUGUUUUCCACCUAGUGUUAGCGUUAAGGUCAACAACAAACUUUGUCAACUGCCGAACGUCAUUCCAACAAAUCGUCCAAAUGUGGAGCCAAAAAGACCACCUCGACCAGUUAAUGUCACAUCAAAUGUGAAACUAUCGCCUACAGUUACCAACACAAUUACAGUCCAGUGGUGUCCCGACUAUACACGAAGCUAUUGCAUUGCAGUGUAUUUGGUUAAGAAAUUGACAUCAGCCCAGUUAUUGCAAAGAAUGAAACAAAAGGGUGUUAAACCUGCCGAUUAUACUAGAGCUCUAAUCAAAGAGAAAUUGACUGAAGAUGCUGAUUGUGAAAUUGCCACAACAAUGCUGAAGGUGUCAUUGAAUUGUCCCCUGGGUAAAAUGAAAAUGUCAAUACCAUGCCGUGCAUCAACCUGUUCCCACUUGCAGUGCUUUGAUGCCAGUCUUUACCUGCAGAUGAACGAACGUAAGCCCACCUGGAAUUGUCCUGUGUGUGAUAAACCUGCCGUUUAUGAUAAUCUUGUUAUUGAUGGCUACUUCCAAGAAGUGUUGGCCUCAAAUCUGCUUAAACCCGACGACACUGAAAUCCAAUUACACAAAGAUGGUUCAUGGAGUACCCAUAGCCUGCGUAAUGAGGGCCAAGUUUUGGAUACACCCACCAAGCCAGUUGAAAAAGUCGAAGUUAUUUCAGAUGACAUAGAACUUAUCACCACAGAAGAUGUUAAACCAGUGAAAUCAGCACCCGCAGCAAUUACAGCAUCUGCAAGUGAACAACCAUCAUCGACCACAAAUAGUGAAACGGUGGAUCUAACACUCAGCGAUUCCGAUGAUGACCUACCUUUGGCUAAGCGUCGACCAAUUGCUAAACAAACUACACAAGCCGGUGCAGCUUCAUCAACGAUGAACGGUAACGGUGGGGGUAAUAAUCAAAGAGGCAUGUAUAUGCCACAAAAGAAUGUGUAAACAAAUGUAAAUGCAUUUAACACAACUAAAGACUACUGUGGAGUUAUACAUUAUUUAUAUGUUUUAAUAUAAGAUAAAUAUUUAUUAAAGUUUUUUCUUUUACAUAUUUAGUUAGUUAUACAAUCAAUUAGUUUAAAUAGUUUAUAUUUUAGGAUCUGAGAGUUGGCAGAGAUCUACAUAUAUGAUCGAAAGGCCAGACAUAUGCCAAUAUUUUUCAAAGAACUUGGCUAUUUCUUUUCUUGACACACUUGAAAUAUGUGUCUCCAUUUCUAAACCAGAAUAUUUAUGAUAAUGCUUAAAUUAUAAUAAGAAUGGUAAUUUUUUUAUUCAUAUAAAAAUAUCUGCUAAGCUGUUUAAAAUCGGUGGGGUACUGAAAAGCUAAUAGCCUAUAUUACAGCUAAUAGCUACACUACUCUAUUAUACAGAACAUUAAAAACAAAAAUUAUUCAAAGGUUCUGAAGUACCAAUUCUGUUUUGUGCGGUUCAUGAGAAAAGAAAAAACCUAUUUUUAAAGAACUUUAUAAUUUCCUGACAAACUCGAAAAAUUAUAAAAAUCCAAGGCAAAAAACUACCAUCAUUUAAAAUUGAACAUUACUUUAUUAUAAAAUAACCUAAAAGAAUCAUGUUUUUUGUUUUCUAUGGACUCCAACUAAAAAGAAUUGAUACAUUAGAAAAAGGGUACCAAAACAUUAUUCGAGAUUGUCCUGAUUUUAUCUCAAAAUGUGUAGACUUAUUUUAAGGCUAUGAAUCUGUUUAGAAACUGAAGGUAAUUUGUUAUUACGAUCAUCGUAUGUCACUAAAACAAUGGACAAUAGAGUAACAAGUCAUACAAUUUUCCCCCGACCUAUUUAACUUGUCUUUUGUAUUAUGCUUCACAUGCCAAGGAAUGGGUUGUUGUGAGUUAAAAUAAUCCAAUGCAAAACUUAAAUUUUUGUCAAAUGUUCCACAUGCUUUCUAAUAUAUAUAUUUUAAUUAGAAUUUUAUUAUUUAAAUACUUCAUUUCACCUCUAAACCUUAUAAAUUAACAACAAUCCCUCAAAAUCGACAUCCACUCGAUAACAUUAUGCAUUCAAAAUUUGUAUUUAAAUAAGUUCAAAAGUAUCAAUCCUGAAAUGCUUUUGUAUUUGCAUCUAAUAAUUUUGAAAAGGGUUCCUUUUUAUAAAAAGAAUCUGUCGCAUUGUAUAUUCUGCUGCGAUAUUGAGUGGAGGAUGUCCUGACAUCAUAAAAAAUUGGUGUUUAUGUCUGUUUGGCUAAAAUAGUUAAACUACUGCAUAUAUCUAGAAAUAAGAAAUGGAUUGCUACACACUUCCAGUGAAGUGUAGAGUUUGAAUUGUAUGUAAGUGAUGGCUGGAUGACAUAUUCCCUUUAUUUCCGUCAAAUUUGGUGUAUUUACUUGGUGUAAAGAUAAAUAUUCAACACAAAGUAAAGAAAUCAUUUCAUUAUCUUACUUUUUUGAUAUGCCUAUGUAAACUAAAUAAAA